AUGGAUAGAGUUGCAUACGCAAGAGACAUUAUGCGGCCUCUUUGGCUUGAACUUGUUCAACGUUUAGACGCGAAGGUGGUCGUGCAUGAGCUGUACACGAAAGAAGUGCUUGCGUUGAAAAAUCUUCAAGAUAUCUUGUCGAAACCAACGUCACAAGACCAAGCUGUUGAGUUGCUCAUGUGCAUGAACACUCGUUCUGCUGAUGACUGCUACAAGUUUGCUCUUUUGCUGAGUGAUACUGAAGGAAUUCACGAUGUGGGUUGCCGUCUGCUCACUCGAUGUGUGGAAGUACAGACGACUGGUGGUAAUUUACCUUCAAGCCCCUGUAGCAAUUUAGCGACAAAUCAAAAGUGUAUGCAGCAACUGCUGUCCAGACAAGAAAGCUUUGAACGACAGCCGUCUUCUCAUGCGUAUCUUGAAAGUCCAUAUUGCGAAAUUAGUGCAUCCCCUGUAGACUGUCUAGUUAGAGCCAGAAAAUCAUACUACUCAUGCAGCUGGAAAAGUUGGCUUGACAUUCCACAAGAAGCAUGUUGGCCAUGGAACUGUGUUGUUCGAAUUCCACCCAACAAACUGGUGGUGGGUGAUGGAACUGAUUUAUUGACUUUGAAUUUGGACACAAAUAAGUGGAAAAGGUAUAAUCUGGGUGAUGUGAAUAUUCACAGUGUCUUUAGUUGUGGUCUUGGCAUCAACCCCUACGUGCUUCUUCAUGAUAAAUUAAAGAGUACAUUUGCUGUGGAAAAAUAUAACCUAGCAACAAGCGACAGGCAGCAUGUAACUAAUCUCCCUUCCGCAUACCAAGCUCAAUUGGCACAAUAUAUGAGUGUAGCAGCAGAUGAUGAACAUUUAUUUGUUGUCAGUGGAAGGACAGGGACAUAUGAGGCUCUUGAUUGUGUUUGGUUGUAUGAUAUUGGCGUCGACGUUUGGCAUCGUGUUGCCAAUAUGUCAAUUAAUCGCUGUGCUUGUUCACCAUUUGUUCUUGAUCGAGUGUUAUACGUAGGGGGAGGAAUAGUCAAGACACAAAAGGAUGAUUGGAUUGGUUGCGAACUUGUGGAGGCAUUCUCUAAGGCAGAAAAUCGGUGGAGAACUGCAGUGAUGACAAAGAAUACUAGGUCUCGUCUUAUGCCCCAUAAUGGCAAGGUCUUAUCUGUUGGUGGAACAAGGGACAAAGAAGCAGGAAAUCUGAUCACUAGUGAGCUAGAAUUAAUCAACUUGCAGACCAAUGAUUCCUCAUUAAUAUCAAACAUGAGUUAUGGACGUCGAGGUCAUGGAAUAUGUGUAGAUGAUGAGAACUGUUUAUUUGUAGUUGGUGGGUACAACAGUGAAGGUUUCCUAACAUCUGUAGAAAGCUGCCAGAUUAAUAUUUGCUAA